ACGAGAUGGCGGAGGGCGGUGGGGGGACAACAGUUGACUCUCGCCCGGCGAACUCUUGUUCCAUCGAAAAUAAAAGCGAAUUUUUCGCAAAUUUGGAAUUUAUUGUGUGGCUUUGAUCUGAAAAUGCCAUCGGGAGGGUCGUGCAGCCCUACUGCCGCAACGACGACUUCCGGAAAUUUCCAUUCGUGCGAUCACACCCGAAUUUGGUGAAUUAAACGAGGUUCACCAUGUCCCUCAACUUCCCGACGUACACCGCCAACUUCGGCGGGCACCACCAGUUGCACCAACAAGUGAUAAAGUCUUCGCAGCAGACGGACUAUGCAACCAACAACACUCCAAGCAUGUUGACUGAGAUGACCAGCAAGUACCCUGUGGACGAGUCUGACGACCUGGUCGACAGCAAGUACAUGACCUCCGAACUAACCCACACCGUCUACCUGGAGGGCCCCAACACUCCUAAUAGACAAUACUCGAUGAUGAAUGAAGACGCUGAUGAACAGAACAAAAACCAGUUGAGGUCUCAACAGGACUCAAGAACUAGCAACUCGGGCAACAACUCUUCCGUUACCUGGCAGGGGCUAGUCACCCCUGGUGUUGCAGACUACUUGGCCAGGUUGCCCAUUGGACUGCAUCACUUUUUGAAACUGUCCACAGAUGGAGGUGGAUCGACGAGAGACGUGGGACAGGUUUUAAACCAGCAAGGAUCCGUCAAGAAAAAAGGCAGUGCCAAGAGCAAGGUGCAGGUCAAGCAGCAGCAACAGUUCCGGCCGAAGGUGGAAAAAAGCAAAAGCUUCGAAAUUCGCCUGACCACUGCCUUGGACGGGUCAACCCUUUUCUGCUGUCCAGAGUGCCAAUUGGCCUAUCCAGAGAAAGAACUGCUGGAGAGGCACAUCCAAUCCCAUAAGCUGGACCGAAAGUUUGUCUGUGACAUUUGUGGCGCUGGCCUUAAGAGAAAGGACCACCUAACAAGGCACAAGCAAAGCCACAACGCGGACAGACCGUAUGUCUGCAAUAUUUGUAUGAAGGCCUUCAAACGCAAAGAGCACCUUAAUCUGCAUUUUGUCAUGCACUCUGGAGAAAAAACGCACAUAUGCCCUGAGUGUGGGAAAGGCUUUUACUGCAAGGAUCAUCUGGACAGGCACAAACAGGGACACAACCCAGACAGGCCUUACGUGUGUGCCGUUUGCAUGAAGGGAUUCAAAAGAAAUGAGCACCUUGCUCGACAUUCAAUAAUUCAUUCUGGAGAGAAGUCUCAGGUGUGCCCCGAGUGCGGGAAAUCCUUCUACCGAAAAGACCACCUCCGGAAGCACCUGCGUUCUCACGUGGCCAAAAGAGUCAAGACCGAACAGAGUCCACCGACACCGAACCAGGCAACGGUGGCCUCACUGGCAGCCAUGGUAUCCAUGGGCUCCACUCUGCAGAAUGUCAACCUCGAAGGUGCCACGCUCUCGUUAUUGUCGGCUCCAGUGUGACUUACGAUCGACAAUUGAUCCCCCACUCAUUUGUAUUCUCACAGUCAUUUGGUUGUGUCCAAAAACUUUUCUAUUUGUAGAUAUUUUGUGAAUGUACAUUAAUAAAGUAUUGCCAUACGCUUUUGAAGCAGUCGGAACGACUAAUCCAACAAA